CAAGAGACGCUGACGUCCUGCUGGUGGAAGAGGAGACUUGAAGGUGCUGCUGGUUAGAGGUGCUUAGGAGUGGGCAGCCUCCAUCCCGGUGGCCGAGCAUCUCCACGGCAGGGAGGCCGCGGGCAGCACGAGCCAGCCGCCCCGCGGGCUGACAGCAGAGGCCCCCGGGGAUGAGACGUGCCCCACCUGCCUGGGCCUGCUGGCCGAGGCAGCACCUGAGUCCUGCGGGCACAGCUACCGCUGCUGAGAGCUUGAACCUCUUGUAAGUUUAGUCUUGGCAAAGAAAACCCAUCCUAAGUGCAUUUGCCUUUCAGGCAUUGGUAAGUUGGCCCUCCUGAUGUAUUUUCACUGCCCCAGUAGUGCCUCUAAUAAUGCUACUGUUAAUUAGUGCUCUACCCUUCCGAUCUUUUACUAAGGUAGCUAGAGAGAAGUGCAGAUACCUAUUUAUUUCCUGGUAAUACCUGUAAGAACCAUCUAUCUACAUCUUCGCCAGAUUCAUCAUAGCGCUCUUGGUACUGGUGAUCUGUGUUGAUCUGGAAUAAAGUGCAAUCGGUAGCACGCCAAGUGUCCAUGCCCUUGCAUCUAACAGAAUCGUACAAACCCCUGUUGUGAUCUCUCUCUAGCUGUGGGCUGGCUAAGCUGUCCUUUGGAUGGUGAAACUGGGAAAUCAUGGGGAUGGGAAAUGACGAGUGGGAUGAGAAAUGAUUGCUGGGAUGGGAAGACUUCCUUGGGCUGGAAAUCCAUGGGGCUAGGAAAUGAAAGAGAUGGGAAAUCUUCCUUGGGAUGGGAAAGCUUCCGUGGGAAGGAAAAGCAUUGGGAUGAGAUACCUUCCUUGGGGAGGACGUCAUCCUUAAGGAAAGGCAUUGGGAUGGGAAAUUUUCCUUGGGGAGGAAAUCACUGGAAAGGAAAAGCAUCGGGGUAGGGAAAUCUCUCUUGGGAUGGGAAAUUAUUGGGAUGGGAAAUCUUGAAUGGGGUGGGUAAGAUUCAUUGGGGUAGGAAAUACUUGGAAAAGAAAUCCAAGGGAUGGGAAGUCUUUGGGAUGAGAUCUCAUCGGAUUAAGAAACGCUUCGUGCUGAUGGGAACUAUUUUGCAUGGGAAUCUGUUGGGCCGUGAAAUUGUCGGGAUGGGAAAUCACCGGGAGGAUGAAAAGUCUUGGGAUGGAAAAGUCUUGGGAUGGAAAAUCCUUGGGAGGGGAAAGUGUUGGAGCGCGAAACCCUCCUGGGCCUGGCAAAUGAUGACUGGGACGGGAAAGGCUCACGGGGAUGGAAAAUGAUUGCGCUGGGAAGCCCGCUGGGGUAGAGAAACUGCAAUCAUCACCAAGAUGGCGGCGAGGGGCUGGUCAGCCGUUGGGAUGGAACCCCCGUUGGCCGGGCUCCCCAACGAACCGCCCCACUCUCCAGCGACCAUGGCAGAGAGAUUCCCCAGACGGCUGCCGCCGGUGCCGCAGAUGCCCAACUCCCCCUUCGUUGUCCCAGCUGAGCCGCCAACGGUGGCUGCCUGGCUGCUGCCCUCCUUCCCCGGAGCGAUGGCGGUGCCCUUGCAGCCCCCCCAGGUACCCACCCUCCCCUACGCGCUGCCCCAGGCCACCGUCUGGCACGUGGUGCCGGGGGUCCAGGGGCAGGUGCUGCAGCUCCCAGCCGUGGUGCAGCUGCCGCCUGGGGGGCACCUCCCACCCGAGGGGCACCACCUGCAGCUGGUGCAGCUCCCCACCGUGGGGCAUAACCUGCAGCUGGUGCAGCUCCCCGCCGUGGGGCAUAACCUGCAGGUGGUGCAGCUCCCCCACACCGCUCCUCCCUGUGCCCCUGUCUGCCAGUGGGGACAGCCCAUGGUGACGGGGACACUGGUGCCCCACCAUGCGCUGGGGCUGGGGCCCAGGGCCGUGCUCCACGGGGAGCCCCUGCACCCCGCAGGCACCUGCCUGUUGCAGGCCCCCGCCCACCGCAGCCCCCCGCCACCCCUCGUCCCGGGGCCUCGGCUCCGGGGGCAGGCGCUCCCCACGCCCCGCACCGUGACCAGCAGCCAGGGGCAGCUGCCGGAGCCCUGCGACCACGCCGUGGGGCUCAGCAAGGACCAGGGGCCCCCGCUGCCUCACCCCACUCCCCCCGAGCCUUUCCUGGCUCCAUCGACCUGCAGCACCCAGACGGCGACGCCCCAUGCGGCGACAGCCCCGGAGGUGCCUGAGGAGCCCCCGCAGCUGCCCGAGCUGGGCCCUGAUGCCUUCGCCGAGGCCUUUCCAGAGCUGGCAGGGGACAGCCAGCAGCUGCAGCACGUGCACGACCAGCUCCUGGCCGACCUGGACAUCCCCGGCAUGGAGGAGCUGCUCAGCUGGCUCGAGGCCGUGGAGCCCCAGGACGCCUUCCCCGGUGUCCCCAGCAGUCCUGCCCUCAGCCGCUUCCUCUCCCAGCUGCCCGACCUCUCCGAGGACAUCGAGGAGCCGAGCACGCAGGGACUGGAAGCCACAGGAGCCCUCGGUGAGGUACCCUCAGCCCCUGGGGUGUACCCCGAGAAGGUUGGGGGUGGGCUGUCGGUGCAGUCCCCUGUUGUGCCGGCAGUGAGCCCCCCCCUCAGCUCUGCAGCCAGUCCCCUGCCCAGUGCCCGUCGUAGACCCCUACCCAAUCCACCCCUGAGUCCCCCCAAGAGGUCCCCUGACACCCAAGUCCUCAGUUCCCUUAGUAGACCCCUGCCCAAACCCCCCCAGAGUUCCCUCAAGAGCCACCCCAACUCCAAGGUCCUCAGUGACCAGAGGAGACCCCUGCCCAAAUGCCCCCUGGGUCCCCUCAAGAGCCCCCUGGCUGCCCCUGCGUCCACCGGCACCAAGCGGGGGGCCAAGCGCCCCGCGCCCACCAGCACCCCCGGGACAGCGGAGCGCUCCCAGCACAAGAGGCCAACAACAGAGAAACCCCCCGGCAAGGAGAGGAAGAUGCUGCUGGGCCAGGGUGUCGAAGGCCCCAAGACGCCUUGCCAGGGACGCCGUGCCAGGGACGCCGGGAUGUCCAAGGCCCCAGGACGCCGUGGCAGCAGCAGGCAAGAGGGCAGCGGCACGCAGCAGCCAGCGACCAACAACUCCCGGGCGCGCAGCAAGAGAGCCCGAAGCCCGGGGGCUGCUGGGGGGCAAGGAGCAGCGUCGCCGCCUCCCCGCAGAGCACGGCUGCUGCCGGAGACUCCGAGCGGGGAGCCCCGUGCCGUGCGGCCCCAGGACAGGCUCUGUCCCCAAGCCGUCAGGGCCAAGACGCUGCAGCGCCAGCACCUGGGGACAAAGACCCCCAGCGAGACUUUGCAGCCGCUGGGGGCCAGGGCGAAGGCGCUGGGGCCAGUGCGCCAGCUGCCCUGUGCGCAGCCGCAGCCCACCUCCGGCGGCCCCAGCAGCAUGCCCAGGGCCCCGCCGACAGUGCCAGGCUCCAGCGCUGCGCCCGCUGCCCCCCGGUCCCCAGCUGGCGGCAAAGAAAAGGUGGUGCCGGCACCGCCAGGCAGCACGGCGUCAACAGGGGACGCUGCCCUAGAGCAGGCGCCCAGAGCGCCGUGCCUGCCAGCCGCGGGGGGCCAAGCGCAGCGGGGGGCUCUGCCCGCACAGCCACGCACGCUGCAGCCCCCGGCACGGCCCCGCGUGGACUACGUGCCCUGCGUGGGGCCCUGGGCGGGCAGCCACGCGGCGCCCACGCCGCUGGCGGAGCAGGAGGCGUCGGUGCCCAUCACGCCGCAGCAGCGUCCUGAGCGGGAGCGCCUGAAGAAGCUGGCCCAGGAGGAGCGGCAGCGGGCGGCCCAGCAGAUGAAGAUCGGCCCUGCGCAAUUCUUCGCGCAGCGGCAGAAAGACAGGGCCAUAGCCAAGUAUUACGGCUACCCGUGAGCCUGCGCUCCUCGACGGCCCCUGCAGCACCCAGUGGUGCUGAGCUCAGCACGCAGGCACAGAGACCUCUGCAGGCGCCUGCUCCAGCUUCAGCCGCGCUCUUCAGCCCUUUCCCCUCUCGCUUGCCCUUACCCUUCUUUAGUGCUGUAGCUAGGCAGUGUUUCUCACUGUCAGGGAUGGGCAACGGCGGGGGGGAUGGGAAAUGGGGGGGUCACGAAUGAGUGUUGGGAGUGUUGCGAUGGAAGCUGUUGGGCUGGGCAAUACCUGGGAUGGGCAAGUUUGGGCAUGGGAACUGCUUGUUGGGACACAAAAUGGCAGGGAUUGAAAACUUAUUUCUUCUUUUCUGGUCCUUUCUCUGCUUUAUUGCCUUCUUUCUUAAAUUACUCUAGUGUAGGUGUUCACUCAGCAACGCCUCUGCCUGCAGUUGUUCUGGCAGUGGGAUGCCGAGUGGGAUGCAGCCCGCUCCCGCUGCCCAUGCUCAGUCCGUGAAUGGAUGUGGGCAUGGCCAGCACGGACGG